CCGAACCCUCCGUUCGUUCGGACACUCUCAUCUCAUCCACAACCCGCCUUCAAUCCAGUCAAAUCGUCAAAUCUCGUCGACCCUCCCUUCUACAACUGGCUUUGUUUGAGACAACAAUGGCAACAUCAGCAAGCGACCCCAACAAUCCAGGCAACACUCUGGCAUCGGCCGUGGACGCAGAAAUCGCCAAGUUUCGUGAACUCCAAGAGCAGCUCCAUGGGAUACGAGGCGACCUUCAAGUGGUCAUGGGUCAACAAACGGAGAACGAAAUGGUGCAGACGGAAUUGAAUUUGCUCAAGGACGACGUUGUCUACAAGCGCGUGGGACCCGUUCUAGUGCGUCAAGAAUUGGACGAUGCCAAGGAGACUGUAUCCAAGCGAUUGGAAUUUAUUUCCAAGGAGCAAGACAAACUCAAGGCCAAAAUGAGCGCCAUGGAAAAACAGCUCGAUGAAAAGGGACGAAAGAUUGCCGGCAUGCAGACCGAUAUGCAGCGUAUGACGGCUCAAGCCGUGCAAGCGAUUCAGCAGCAACAUACUCAACAAAAGGCGAGCUAGUUAGCUAGUGAGAUGAUAAGAAGAAGAAGAUCCUGUAUUUGUGUGGUUGAUAUCCAGUGUUUUUGGUCAGUUACUCCGCAAUGUUUUAAAUUCUGAUUGAACUGGGAAAUGGAUGAAAAAUUUACUAGAAAGAGCCCUCAAAAUCAGCGCAAUUUCAGGCUGAGAUAUCAAAUCACAACAACAUACUAGAAAUACAGAAGAUCUACCUAGAGAAGCAUGGAGAGAUUUCGUUUUUGGACUCGACUGCUGGCUAUAAUCAUGGAAUAGGAUGCUGAAAAAAUAGUCUCGUACCGGUACAGGAAACCUCGCUUUUUAGUCCUCAGGCCGAGGUUCCACAGGAAACAUUUCAUCGUGGAGGCGUAUCUUGCCCUUGGCAACCUCAAUAAUCUUCAGCUUCUUCAAAAAAGUCAGCGCAUUGGCAGAGGUCGAGUUGGAUUUCUCAUACACCUCCAUGAUGACCUGCUUCUUGUCAUGAGUCUUGCCGUCCUGCAACAAUUCAACCAGUUCAGUCUGCUUUGGAUUCAACUUGUUCUUUUCCUUGACCUUUUCCCAGUGAUCCGCGUUUGUCUUGGGGAUUGCGGCAGCAGCUGCUGCGAGGGCGUCUUGGUCGGCAUUCUCCAUGCCGAGCUUGGUAAUGGUCACUUCUUUCCCACUGACCGUCAUCCACCCCAA